AUGGCGGCGGCAGGAAGUGCCGGGCGCCUCGGCCCGCCCCCCGCCCGCCCCCGGCCACCCGCCCCGCCGCGGCGCCCGCGCCCCCCGCCCGCGCCCCCGCCCCGCCAGCCGGCCCAAGCCGGGGGACGGCGGCGCCAACGGUCGGGGAGCCGCGAGCGGCCCGGCCACUCCGACGCCAACGGCGCAGGCCGCCCCGGCCCGGUGCAAGCGGCACCGCGCGCGGACGCGGGAGGCCCGCAGGCCCGAGCCCGCGUCGCCCCGGCCUCCCCGCCUCCGCGCCGCGCCGAUGGCGUAGGUGCUGGCGCACCGGCCCCAUUACGCAAUGCAGGUUACGCGGGCCGCGCCGCGGGUCCCGGCCGGCCGCCCCGCGCCGCCCGCCGCCCCGAAGGGCACCGGUCCUCACCUGAGACGCUAGGCCGCACGCCGCCCCCGCCGGCCGCCGGCCGCCCGCCGCCGCCGCCGCCCCCUCCUCUUCGGGCUGCCUGCGCGGCGCCGGGGCCCGCCCGCCGCGCCCGCCGCUCCGCCGCGCUCACAGGCCCCGCUCGCCUGCGGGCACUGCCGGCAGCCGCCGCCGCCGCAGCCACCGCUUCGGCUCCUAGGCUGCGGGAGAGCAGAACAAACAGCCCUGCCGCCGCCGCCGCCGCCGCCAGCGCACUGACGUCACCACGUACGCUGCGCGCGCGGCCCCGCGCCGCCACCCGGCGUGCGCGCCCCGCGACCGCGCCCGGCGCCGGCGAGCUCUGCAGAGCUAGCAGGCGCGAGCUUGCACAUUCUGAUGAAGCAAGCUGCCGUAUAGGAGAGGCCCAUGUGGCAAGGGGCUGAGGGUAGCUUCUGGUCAAUAGCCAGCAAAGGAGCCAAAGCCCUCAGUCCAACAGCUACAAGGAACUUAGCUCUGCUAACCACCACAUGGACAAGACUUCACACAAGACCACAGCCUUGGCCAACAUUUUGCAGCCCUAUAAUUCCAACUAAGGACUCAGCUAAGCCACACCUAGAUUCCUGACUCCCAGAAAUUGUGAAAUAAUAAACACUUUUAAUUUUAAGCCAACAA